AUGUUGACUUUGAAAAUUGAAGACGAGGCACCAGCGCCUUUCGCAGAAAAGGUUGUCGCAAUACUAAACUCGGUUUUCUCGUCCGACAAGGCGUUUUCGACAAGUGACGCUGCAGUGGCGUUGAAUAACCUAUACCCAAGACAUCAACCAGACAGCGAGCCAAGCGCCGGAGGUCAAUUUCUAUGGUGGUUCUGGGACCUCGUGCAUGAUCUUGCCCGUCAAGUACCCCAUGACAGCACCGACAGCGCACGACUGGCUGAGAUCGUGAAGGAGUUGCAUGACCUAGAGCCCGUCGAAAACGUAGACUUGGGCAGCGAAUGGGGGGAGAGUCAACUUUGGAGAAAAUUGCCUCUCCUAGGGCCAGUAUUCUACGACAAGUGGAAUCAGGAUCCUCGAGCCCCUGAGGGAGCUGAUAAAGAUCAACGUGAGCUCAAUUUUCAGACGUACGGCGCCCGACUUGCGGGUCAUGGCCUUGUUCCCUUCGAAAUGUACGCAGUUUGGGCUUUGACUGAUGCUCUGGAGGGCGAAACCACGCCAAUCCGGGGAGCGCCCGACGAAGUCAACCCUAACCCCACCGCCGUGGACCGUUUGGCUUUCAAGGUCGCCGCUGCCAGAUCGUGGAUAACCUAUGCCGGGCAUAUCCUGUACGGUAGGGAUGAAGAUGUGCAUGGGACCUUGGGUGGCCCUCUCUACAAAUUGGACAAGAAAGAAGCCGCCAGGACGAGACGCAAAUAUAAGGGGGCUCAAGGUUUGUGCCCUCUUCGGUGGCAACUGUGGAAGGAGAGGUUUCAAGUGGUCAAGGAUUGCCAAGAUAUCGAUUACGAGGUACGAACUUUGGCUAAGGAAGCAUUCGAGGCCAUGGUGGACAUAGAAGAGCAGCAUCGGGCUUGA